UAGCGCUUCGCUCUUGUCCUCUCUGACAGUUUGGCGCGUUGUAGCCGGGAUUGCUGCAGUUUCCUGUUCAGCGCGUACAGAACAGGACAACCUUCACGGCACAGCCGAUCUCCUCUCUCUCCCACGCUGACGGUGUCGAAGGGACAGGGAUGUCACGCGAGCCCGGCGCCCAGGAUGGGAACGGAAAAGCCAGCCAAGUCAUACGGAUGGGAACCAGGAAGAGCCAGCUGGCUCGGAUUCAGACCGACAGUGUGGCAGAGAAGCUGAAGAGCCUCUACCCUGAGGUGCAACUCGAGAUCGUUGCCAUGUCAACGACUGGGGACAAAAUCCUGGAUACGGCUUUGUCAAAGAUUGGAGAGAAAAGCCUCUUCACCAAGGAACUGGAGAACGCCUUGGAGAGGAACGAGGUGGACCUGGUUGUGCACUCCCUUAAGGACCUGCCCACCUCUCUGCCUCCUGGCUUCACCAUCGGAGCUGUGCUCAAGCGUGAAAAUCCCCAUGAUGCAGUGGUUCUUCACCCAAAGAAUGCUGGGAAAACCCUGGGCACUCUCCCAGAGAAGAGCGUCGUCGGCACCAGCUCAUUGCGGCGAGCUGCCCAGCUGAAGAAGAGGUUUCCUCACCUGGAGUUCAAAGAUAUCCGGGGGAACCUGAACACCCGCCUGAAGAAGCUGGACGAGAAGGAGGACUUUGCAGCGAUCAUCCUGGCGGCCGCCGGGCUCCGCAGGAUGGGCUGGGAGAACCGCGUGGGCCAGGUCCUGGGUCCUGAAGACUGUAUGUACGCCGUUGGCCAGGGUGCUCUGGCAGUGGAGGUGCGUGCCUGUGACAAAGACAUCCUGGACAUGGUGUCCGUGCUGCACGACCCCGACACCGUGCUGCGCUGUAUCGCCGAGAGAGCCUUCCUCAAGUACCUGGAGGGCGGCUGUAGCGUGCCAGUGGCGGUGCACACCGAGAUCAAGGACUCCCAGCUCUACCUGACGGGUGCUGUGUACAGUCUGGACGGCUCAGACAGCCUGAAGGAGACCAUGCAGACCAGCGUCGCCUCGGACAAGCAGGAGGAGGACGGGGUGGACGACGGCGCCCAGCGGGUGGGCAUCACGGCGGGGAACGUGCCCCACCUGGCACAGGAAGCGGCAGAGAAGCUGGGGGUGGACUUGGCCAAGCUCCUGCUGAGCAAAGGUGCCAAGGAGAUCUUGACCGUGGCCAGGCAGCUCAAUGACGCCAAGUAACCCUUGCUCUCCGCAUCACCCCACCCCCGGGGGGCCAAGCAGAAAGUUUCCACCCCACCAGGAGGCUCAUCAGAAUAGAUCGUUCAUGCUAGAGGUGACUCUGACCAAUCCCCUCCCGUACUCCCAGUGACACCCUCCCUGUCUCGAAUUGCAGCACGUCAGCUUCUCCCUGUGAACACCUGAAACAAGCCGCUGUGGUUUGUUGACGUCCUAGAAAACUGAAUAAACUCAGGUGUUUGGUUUU